UGUUAGCCCUGUUAGCCUGUCUCUGGCCUGUUAUGGCGUUGUCCACCCCUCCCCCGCCAAUGGCAACCGCCUGAUCGCGAGAGAACUACCCCGCCAAAAACAUCAUCUCACCAAGAACCUCGUGCCGAGCCCUAACACGUCAAGUUUCUUACCUUACCUUACCUUACCUUGCCUUGCCUUACCUUACUUCCCUUACCUGCCGGCCCGCCUCAUCUUGUCUGCUCAUUUUUUUCUAUUCUGCGAAUUCUGCAUAUCCUGCUCACGUCAGUGCCCCUCUCGCCCGAAAGCAGUACUCGACGGGCCGUCUCUUCACCCUUACUCCGUCCGCAACUCUGGCUUAAGCUUGGUAGCCCGCCCGGAAUACCACGCGAGUCUUAGACCAUCCUAUCAACAUGGGUCUCCCUAGGCCCGGCUUUGGCAGCACUCUGCUGAUUCUGGGGCUGAUUCUGGUCUUGAUGCCCACCAAGGUUGCCGCCUUUGGUGCUGGUAACAUUCCUUCUAUCGCCCAGGUUGAGGGCCACAACUGGCGGCAUGGAGAUAUUGAGGAUAUGCUCAAAACUAUUGCCUUCUUGCACGGCAAGAAGUGGACGACUCUCCUCGUCCAGAGGACCUAUUUUGGCAAUUGGCUGCGAGACUACUCGCAGGCUGUCGAUGUAGGUAGUCUCAAGGGCGUAAAUGCCGAGACCAUUCGUAUCCUCGUCUGGGUGCUCUCAUUUCUGGCAAAUGGCUAUGCGACCGAAGAAUUCGAGGUCACUGCCGAGCGAUUGGGUGUCUAUCGCCCAGAGGAGCACAUUGACAACCCGCUUGGUUACGCGGACAACAAAGAUGCCCGCGAGUUUGACCCCCGCCUCCGCGGGCUCGUCAUGCCCGAAGAAACCCAAAUUGACCCACACACGGGAAUGAAGAACUACAUCGCCAACGACCGUGGUAACUGGGCCACGAGCACAGGCUAUCUCAAGUUUAGCUUUGAGCGCUGUAUCCACUUUGGAAGGCUGUAUACCAGUGGUUCCCAUGGGAGAGGAAAUGAGGACGACCUCUGCGAGGCAUUGCGAUGUCUUGGGCAAGCCCUUCACUGUAUGGAGGAUUUCAGCGCUCACAGUAACUAUUGCGAGUUAGCUUUGCGUGAACUUGGCUAUCACAAUGUAUUUGCUCAUUGUGGGUCUGCUACUGAAAUCAACCUCCACGGUCGCCGUGUCUUUCCUCUCGUGACUGGAACAUUUGGCGGCGUCGAUUUCUUGCAUUCUGUCCUUGGCGAGGCCAACGAUCACUUCACUCAAUCAGAGGUCGAUCAACUAGACAUUGCCCUCAAGAACGUGGAAAACAGCAGCGGACCUAGUAGUGGUGGGGGUGGUACCCGGGGACUAGGGAGCAGUCUUUUCGGGGGUGGAGGAAGUGGCGCUUCUGACUUUAUUUCACUUGUUGCUUCUCUACCCGGCAUAGGGGGCGGAAUGGCGUCAGAAGCCAGGGAUCUAAAGCGAAUGGCUCAGGAACAGGAGUCAAGAAACGUACGGAGCGGUACUUACUCUGGCACGCGAUCGAACGCCAACGUUGUUCCUGGGAUGAGCGAGGACUUCGAUCCGGUCAAGGUUUCCAAGCAGGUCUAUCCUAUCCUAGCUUUCCGCGACAAGAUCGUCAAAUCGAUCAAUAGGGGAAUUGCCAAAAUCCCCGGACUUGAGAGCCUUCUAGAAAAGAUUGGUGAGACACUUACCGCGUUUGUUCUGGGCCUUUUAGCCCCCUUUAUCAGGCCUAUCAUCGCUGCGGUCACGAAGGCACUCAAAGAGGGUUCAUCGGGUGUCAUUAGUGCUAGCGCGCAUUCGCAGUUGGAGCCUUGGACAAACCCCCAUUGCUCGGACCCAACCCACUCUAUGCUUUCCAAGGACCAUUUCACCAAUAUACUGAACCCGUGUGCUGGACGGAUUGCCACCACUAUCCUCCAAUACGUUGUUCCACGAAUUCUAUAUGCCUGGGAGAAUCCUGGGGUGCCUGUACAAGAAGUUAUCAACGAUGUUUGCAGAGCUUUUCACCAUCCUGCUGCACGAGACGAACGAAUUGAGAUUCACAAAACCAUGUUUGACACCGUACGGCAGUGGGCGAACGAGCAUCCACGUCGCCAUGAUCUUGACCGUAUUUUAGGGUCGGAAUCGGUCCGUAAUGGAAAGAAUCACAUUCAACAAACUGGAGAGAAAGGAGGCUCGCGCGGCCAUUCACAUGGUGGCGGUAUCUUCGACGGCGGGAUCCUCGAGCAGCUCGGUCAUGGACGGCCCAAAGGGUCACUAUGGGAUCAAUGUACAACCCGAGAUAUGGAAGCGAUGGGUGCCAGCUCCAGUGCUCGUCCAGGAUCAAGUGGUCGUCCGACUUCAAACUAUUCUGAACGGCCCGGAUCAGGAUAUGGUGGUGCACCACCGUCUCACUACCAAUCCGGAGCAGGCUAUCCAGGACACCAAAACCCUAGACCUCAGGGCGAAGCCGCAAGUUAUUAUACUGGGGUAGACCAAGCUCCUGGCCCCUCUCAUCAACCACCCCCCUAUCCUCCUGGCCCUGGAUACGGUCCCAGUCACGGUCAUGCUCAUGGUUACCAAAACCAGGGAUACAGUGGGCCCCCACCACCUCAGCAAGGCGGUUACCCUCCAUACGGUCACCAGCAGCAGCAAUGGGGAGGUGGUUACGGAAAUCCUCCGUAUCCCUAUUAAAUAGGUUGUGGAUUGUUUGAUAAGGGGGUGGCGUUAACGGAUAUAUAGAAGUGGUAGGAUAAAAUGCCCUCAAAGGCUUGAGGAAGUAGUAAGAGUUGAAAACUGGA